UCCACCCCUCAGAUGACACCGCUGCAGCAAUUUUCCUCCCCUGUCUGCAAGUAACUAUCGCAAUGAGUUCGACACCCGAAAAACUCGUAUCUUUUCCUGGUGCUGAAUAUCUUCGUUACAUCGGAAAUCUUCACGAAGUUACCCAAUUUCCAGACUUCGAGAAACGAAGUUCAUCUCUGUAUAUUCGUAGUCAAUAUAUCGUCCUCCGUUUGCAAUCAUCGGACAGUAUAAGCGUGUAGAGAUAAAUUUUCAUUUCAUUAGUUCUCGCUGAUGUUUACUAACAAUAAAAUUAUUGUCAUCGAAAAAUUAUAUUUCAAGUCUGAGUUACGAAUUUUAGGGUACAGAUACAUCAUCCUUAAAAUAAGAGCUUGCGAUUACGAUUCAAACUUUGUUGUUAGUCAAGGAAAUAUCCUGCCGAACAAUCCUGCACCAUACAUGGUAUGUACACGUGUGAUGCAGUACAAGUGUAAUUCCGUUGAGACUGUGGAAUGUUGUGGACUAAUAUGUAAAUUGACGAUACCAUUGGAACUCGUUUUGCGAUAUUACAUGCUAGAACAUUAAGGAUUAACAUAUCUAGAAUUUUGGCUACAUACAGAGUUUGAUGACUUGUUAACAAGUAGAUACAGUUGCGUGUAACUAGAGAUAGUUUGAGCUUCGCUUCGGUUAAGGAGCCAUUUUGGUGAAAAGAAGAAGAAGAUAAGAACGUCGACGGUGAACGGAAAAGACCGCGCUAGGUGCGCCGUUUAGCAGUGCAAAUUGCAAACUAUAAGGACAACGAAAGUCAUGACGAUACCAACAACUGCAGAACGCUGCAGGAUGGACAUUUGAAUCAUUUUAGCCCGCGCUGCCGAGUGCGUAGCUGGUGGAUAGGUAUUCGUUGAAGUUUCACAAAUUAAACGAUUAAACAGUUUUAUUGCAAUAGUUGUCAAUGACAAACAUAAUGGCUGCAGCGAUAAAAAUAACGAAAUCAACCAUCGUACAUGCCACCAGCAAUCAUACGGCUACUUUGAUCUUUUUUCACGGAUCAGGAGAUACGGGAAAUAAUGUCAAGGAAUGGAUUAAAAUGCUGAACAAAGGGGAGUUCCAGUUUCCACACAUAAAAGUUAUUUAUCCUACUGCGCCGCUCCAGCCUUACACUGCCAAUGAUGGCGAGCCAAGUACCGUAUGGUUUAAUCGCCUAGCGAUCAAAAAAACUCUACCAGAUGAUCAGGCUUCAAUUGAUUCGAUGUGCAAACAAGUAUCAGGAAUAUUGGAUCAGGAAGUUGCUGAUGGGAUCCCAUUAAACAGAAUAGUUGUUGGAGGAUUUUCAAUGGGCGGAGCCCUAUCCAUGCAGUUGGCAUACAGAUUCAAGCCAUCCGUUGCAGGAUGCUGCACGAUGUCAUCAUUUCUGAAUGACAACUCUUUAGUUUACAAAGCAUUGAAGACAACUGGUGUCGAAAGUAUUCCACCAUUGUUACAAUUCCACGGAGUGCGAGAUGACUUAGUUCCGAUUGAAUGGGGAGAAGAAACCUUCAAGAUUCUCACAGGUCUCGGCGUUAGGGGAGAAUUUGUUCCAUUGAAGAAUGCCUAUCACGAACUAAAUCGACUUGAAAUUCAGCGAUUCCAAGAAUGGAUACUCAAUCUGUUGCCUGAAAAGGUUUGAAAAUAAUUGUUAUUCUAGAAAUCUAUCCUAGAUCAAAGGACAUGUAGGAUAAUGAAACUGAUUAUCCAACAUUUGGAUUGAUGAAAAUCGCCUAUGACAUCGCAAGGAAGUCAGUCUACGUGGAUCCAUUUGGACCCUUCCAAAUUCAAUUUGGAGUAUUGUUUAGGCACAAUGUUAUUUUAUUGAUAAUCUGUUAUACUGAUGUAUUGAUAAUUUUAUUUACACGGUUACUCAGUGCAUAUUUUAUUAACUUAUCUAUUGUAUAUAAAUAUUAUCGAGAGGGGCGUCUUCUGUCACAAAUUAGAAAAUAAAAUGGGAACGCUGGUUCCUUUUCCUUAUAACAA